CCAUUCCGCUCAAUCAAAACUUUUUUACAACCAAUAAACAAAGUUCAACAGCUGAUAGGGACAGGUCAAACUGUAAAUAUAGUGUUUCUCUGUGUUGUGAAACACUACUUGUUGCAAAAAAACAAAUUUAAAAAUUCUAUGUGUUGUUUUCAAUUAAGCAGUGGCUGAAGUUAUUAGAAUUUAAACUUGCUUAGACUUACAAGGGAUGUUUUGAUAACCUCAAAGAGUAAACAAACAACACAUACAUGAUACAAGAUCAAAAUGGGGGUUGAAGGUGUAAUGGUGACAUACAAUUACUCUGACGAUGGCGAAUUAGCAAAUAUCCUGACGGUAGCCGCCUCAGGGAUCAAAUACUCCAAUCGCUGGGUGCUUACACAUGGGUCCAUACUAUCACCACUAAAACAGGCGAAGAUCAUCAAAGAUGCUCGCGGAAAGCCUAUUUUAAGUGACGACUUCUACAACCAGUUACCAGAAAUGUAUGUAACGUGUGAAAAGGAUAGCAAGAUGGCAAAUGUGUAUGAAGGAGUGGAGAAACUGAGCAGAGAACGGAAUUGUGAUGAUACGGACUUAGAGCAUACAAGCUAUCAAGCCAGGGUCAUGACUGGAAGAAUAUGUCAUGUAUGGCAGUGUCCAGUUUUGGAUAGAUGUGUUGAUGACAUCCUUUAUAGCUGGACAAUAGGACAUCGCGACGGAGACGUUGAAAAACAGACUCAGUUAGGCAAAGCUCUACUUUCAGUCUUCGUUCUCAUCGAUUUGGAGAGUGAUAUCGCAGGGCUUAAGACACUUCGGCCACUAUCAGAACUGCUAGACAUGGUCAAACCACCUCCAGACCGUGGAACCAAUAUCCAAGUACAUUCUACGCCUUUUGGAUGUGAGGUUUUCCUCAAUGCAGUGACGCGAGGGUCCGUAUGUGGAGUGGUGGGGAAAAGGCCCUCCCUACUUUUGACUGAUGCUGCUACAGCACUUGGCUCGGAAGGCGGACCUGUGUAUACAGACGGGCCCACUAAAGAGUUAGUGGGUGCUGUAGUAUGCAGUGUGUCGUGGUGGAGAGGCGAAUGGGUUGGAUUGACCCUGGCCGCUCCAUUGCGAUCAAUUCUUGCGGCCAAACUCAGAGUUCCUCCAGACAGUGUACCGCGGGCACCCGUAUCUCCUCUUCAUAGUCACAUACUUGAACAAAUAGACCGAGUGACGAUAUUAGUUCGUUGUGGCAAUGCAUGGGGCGCGGGCGUAUACUUGGGAAGGGGAUACGUCAUCACCUGCGCACACGUCGUUAAACAUCAUGCAUCGAGCAAAGUCUCAAUAUAUUGUCAAGGUGUCAAAGAAACGGCAAUAGUCCGGUACAAGACUGCGGACGACAAGGCUUAUGACCUGGCUUUGCUCUUCACGAACCCUCAGUGCUGGACGCAUUUAGUACCCGUUGAGUUUAGCGAAGAAGCUGCCAUUAAAGGCGAAUCGGUGUUAGCUGCCGGAUAUCCGUACUUCAAUGAGAAUAAUCUAGAAGAUUUAAAACCGACGGUGACAUCUGGACAUGUGAACAACGUGUCGCCUUCCUUGAUACAGACAUCUUGUUGCGUGCAAUCUGGAUUUAGCGGUGGACCAAUAUUCCGUUUAUCAAAUAGUAAUAAAGUUGAAGUUUUGGGAAUAAUAGCCAGCAAUGCUAAAACGGAGACAGGCGCCUGUUACCCCUACAUUAAUAUGGCUGUACCCACGAGAGCAUUUCUCAAAAUAAUACAACACUUUAUAUUGGAUAGAGACGAAACAAGACUAUCAACCAUCGAGAACAACCGUGAAAUGAUACAAUCACAAUGGCGACUACUGCCGUAUAGAUCUAAAAUCUGAAUUAAUCCUAUAUUCAUUUUAGUAUUUACAAAACUAAAAUGUAUAAAUAGUAAUAAAAAUGUUGAGUUUAUUUAAACAAUUUUGACUUACGUAUGUCGUAUUAAAAAUUAAACCUUUGACAAC